AUGUGUUUCACUUACCGCAUACUCGAGCCAAUCGACUCCAACCUUCAUCUGUCACUGUUCUCUCCUGCAUUGGAGAAGGCUACCUCCAAAGCCGAAGUGCAAUUCCCGUCGGUCUACAUCAUGCAGUCCACUCCGUCCGACACGAUGAAUUCGAUCGAAGACUCCUCCGACUCAUCCUCCGACGAUGAGUUCUUCGACGCCCUAACCGGCGAGGAUCUUGAAUGGCUCACCAUGGAAGAUUUUCAAGACCUCUCUCCCAUCGAGGAAGAUUGGGGCCACCAAGACUGGGUCCCAGAAGACGCCGACACCCACUCCGAGCAAGACGACACCCAGACCGACGCAGACAAGACUUCAGAGGAAAACGAUCAUCCAUUGGCCGGAUGGCACUCGGAACGUCUGGCACAGAGCGACUGGACAGACCACAGUUUUAUCGACAAGACAGACCACAUUGACACCUGGGCGCGGCACUCCGAAUACUCUUUGGCCCGGUGCAACUGGGUGGCAUUUCCCGAGGACGGUUGGCCUAAGCCCACGGACGAUUCUUUCUGGGGCGCCCCGGAUCUGAAGCUCAUCACACCUGAGGGGAAAGUCUGUUGGUUGGAUGACCCAACCGACUAUGAGGCCCUGCCCUGGGAGAAGGAGGUCGCGGAGGAGAGGAACAGAAUGCUGGCUGCCAUUUGGUAAGCUAGGGGCGGAGGUGCUUAGGGCUGCUGUCUCGAAGGAGUACUGUACUGUCCUUGGAGGAAGACAUGGUGGAAGGAAAUUUG